AUGGUCAAGCCCAUUAUUGCCCCAUCGAUUCUUGCGUCUGAUUUCGCCCAUUUGGGGUGCAAUUGUCAUCGUAUGUACGAUAAUGGAGCCGACUGGCUUCACAUUGAUGUAAUGGAUGGCCAUUUUGUGCCCAACAUUUCCAUGGGUCCUCCAAUUAUCACCAGUUUAAGAAACGAGAUUCCACGUAGCGAUACAAAAGCAAGCUUUUUUGAUUGUCACAUGAUGGUUUCGGAGCCGGAAAAGUGGGUUCCGGAAGUAGCAAAGGCUGGGGGUGACCAGUACACAUUCCACUACGAAUCGACAAACGAUCCGGUAGCUUUGGUCAAGUUGAUCAAGUCUCAUGGCAUGAAGGCAGCUUGUGCUGUGAAGCCCGGAACGCCUGUAGAUGUGUUGUAUCCAUUGGCAGAGCAGUUGGACAUGGCAUUGGUGAUGACUGUGGAACCUGGAUUUGGAGGACAGAAAUUUAUGCCAGAGAUGAUGCCCAAAGUGGAAGCAUUGAGGAAGAAGUUUCCUCAAUUGAACAUCCAGGUUGAUGGUGGGUUGGGUAAGGACACUAUUGGAGCAGCUGCUGAUGCCGGAGCCAACGUUAUUGUAGCUGGAACUGCGGUAUUCAAGGCGAGCGAUCCACUGGAAAUGAUUCAAAUAUUGAGAGAUGCAGUGACAAAGAAUUUGGAGGCCAGGGGACUCCUUGAGAAAUAG